AUGGCUGUGAUAAGUUUUGGUUCAACAGUUGAUCUAGCAGCAGGCCAACGCCGUAAAAAUGGAUUAUCGUUACCACUUCAUUAUAUACAAUUAUUGGGAAUAAUUUUUAUGGUGUUUCUUAUUCUAAUGAAUUAUUUGACUUUAUGCGUAAAUAUUCCUACACAUCCAUGGCAAUGGUUGAGUAUUGUUAUUUCAUCGGUGAUUAUUCUUCCAUUUGUAACUAUGUUUAUUAUAAUAACUUAUUUGGAUCCAGCUGAAGACGCAGUGUUAAAUUUACAUCGCGGACCAAAAGCUAAGUUUGAUCGUCGUGUACAUGAACAUGUUAUAACAAAUCUUUAUUGUAAUAUAUGUGAAGUACAAGUGACAAGUAAUGCAAAACAUUGUUCAGCAUGUAAUAAAUGUGUUUAUUCGUUUGAUCAUCACUGUAUAUGGCUGAACACGUGUGUUGGAGGAAAAAAUUAUCGAAUAUUCUUUUCAAUGUUAAUAUUUAUUGUGAUAGGAACAUUUUUUAUAUUCAUAAACAGUUUACUUCAAUUUAUUGGUACAUUUCAAAAUUCAUCGUCAGCGAUUAGUUUAAAACCUUUUUAUAGCACAGGUAAAUAUAAGAUCUAUUCUACUGUCUUUAAUACAAAAGAAAUCGGAUCCUCCAUCCAUCUCUUGAUUAAACUAUAA